GGAUGUGUUGCUUAGAGACGAUGGUGACUGUUUGUGCGCAUCUUGUGCGCAUAGAUGAUAACGGAAGAUGGAGAAGUAUGAAAAAAUCAAAGUUGUUGGAAGAGGCGCUUUUGGUAUAGUGCACCUCUGUCGGCGGAGGAAUGACGGGGCCUUUGUCAUCCUGAAGGAGAUCCCCGUGGAGCAGAUGUCUCGUGAUGAGCGCCUCGCGGCCCAGAACGAGUGCCAAGUGUUGAAGUUGCUCAACCAUCCAAACAUCAUAGAGUACUAUGAGAACUUCUUGGAAGACAAGGCACUCAUGAUUGCUAUGGAGUAUGCUCCAGGUGGAACGUUGGCAGACUACAUUCAGAAGCGCUGCAACUCCCUGCUGGACGAGGACACCAUCCUACACUUCUUUGUGCAGAUUCUCCUGGCCCUCUACCACGUGCACAACAAGCUUAUCCUGCACAGGGACCUGAAGACCCAAAACAUACUGCUUGACAAGCACCAGAUGAUCGUUAAAAUUGGAGACUUUGGAAUAUCCAAAAUACUUGUCAGCAAGAGCAAAGCUUACACUGUGGUGGGGACUCCAUGCUACAUCUCCCCUGAGUUGUGCGAAGGGAAGCCCUAUAACCAGAAGAGCGACAUCUGGGCGCUGGGUUGUGUGCUCUAUGAGUUAGCCAGCCUCAAGAGAGCCUUCGAGGCCGCUAACCUUCCCGCUUUAGUCCUGAAGAUCAUGAGCGGUACCUUUGCUCCGAUCUCCGACCGCUACAGCCCAGAGCUGCGUCAGCUCAUCCUCAACAUGCUCAAUCUGGACCCGUCCAAACGGCCACAGCUCAACGAGAUCAUGGCCCUCCCAAUAUGCAUACGACCACUGCUCAACCUCUACACAGACAUUGGCAAUGUCAAAAUGCGCAGGAUUGAGAAGCCUCUGUCCAGUGUGCACUCAGGUCCUCAUGGUAGACCAGGAGGGAGACUAACCAACACCAGAUCCAGAGAUGGAAUGAUGGGUUUGGGGAAGGUGCACUCUCUGCCCUUGUCGUCUGUGUACACGUGGGGAAGUGGGAUCUCAGCACCUCUGCGGCUGCCCAUGCUGAACACAGAGGUCCUGCAGGUGUCCCUGGGGCGGACCCAGAAGAUGGGGGUCACCAAGUCAGGCCGACUCAUCACCUGGGAGGCUCCAUCAGUGGGGUCAGGGGAGCCCAGCCUGCCUGGUGCUGUGGAGCAGCUGCAGACCCAGUUCAUCUCUCGUUUCCUGGAGGGUCAGUCUGGUGUCACCAUCAAGUCUGUGUCCUGUGGGGAUCUCUUCACCACAUGUAUGACAGACCGAGGCAUUAUUAUGACGUUCGGAAGUGGAAGCAAUGGAUGUCUCGGCCAUGGGAAUUUUAAUGAUGUCACGCAGCCCAAGAUCGUGGAGGCUCUGCUGGGGUAUGAGCUGAUGCAGGUGUCGUGUGGGGCCUCCCAUGUUCUUGCCGUGACCAAUGAGAGAGAGGUAUUCUCCUGGGGAAGAGGAGACAAUGGUCGCCUUGGGCUCGGCACCCAGGACUCCCACAACUCUCCCCAGCAAGUGUGUGUGCCGGCUGAGUUUGAGGCCCACAAGGUGCUUUGUGGGGUAGACUGUUCCAUGAUCAUCAGCGCCCAGCAUGACAUUCUGGCCUGUGGCAGCAACAGGUUCAAUAAACUUGGAUUGGACAAGAUCACGGCCAGUGAUGAGCCAGCUUCCUCUGACCAAGUAGAGGAGAUCCACUCCUUCACCGCAGUCCAGUCAGCUCCCCUGAAUGUGGAGAAGAUCGCUUACAUUGACAUCGGAACCGCCCACUCUGUCGCUGUCACAGAUAGGGGUCAGUGUUUUACCUUCGGCAGUAACCAACAUGGUCAGCUGGGCUGUAGCUCUCCCCGUGCCAGCCGCGUUCCCUAUCCCAUACCAGGACUGCAGCGCAUCGCCAUGGCAGCCUGCGGCGAUGCCUUCACGUUAGCCAUUGGAGCAGAGGGGGAGGUGUACACCUGGGGAAAGGGGGCCCGCGGCCGUCUUGGAAGGAAAGAAGAGGAUUCUGGGAUACCGAAGCCAGUGCAGCUCGAUGAGAGCCACCCGUUCACGGUGACAUCGGUGGCCUGUUGUCAUGGCAACACUCUGCUGGCGGUGAAACCCUUACUAGAGGAGCCCAGAUGACUGUGUCCCCCUCACCCACCCCGACCCUUCAUGGAUGUCACAUGAGACGACACAGUGGCGCGAGGUGAAGGACAGCUUCCUCUCUCAGAGGCCCAUCUACACAGCAGUUGAAGGAUUCCUCCUCAGUCCACAGCACAUCCAACUGAAUUCUAGUUACUCUAUCAUCCCCCCCAAGCAUAUUUCCAAUUUAUUAAAGCAGUUAUCUGGAAAUGGAACAGAAGUACAAAGGAAAUGUACAGAGGUCAUAUUUGUUCAAUGUCAGAACUCACAAUUCACAAAAAAACACAAACUCACCAAAAAAUAGUUUUCGGAACUGUUGGACAUUUCAAGUAAUCCAACUGCAAUCAGAUUUGCAGGAAUUCAUUUGGAAGCUGUCAUGUGCCAACACGUUGUCCUUUCUUACAAGCAAGGUUAACAUGGUAAUAAAAACAUCUAUAAGGAAGUAAGACUGGUUUGGUAGCUAGUGACCCAGCACUGAGGGAGACAAAACAAUGUGUUGAAACUAGUUUUAUGACUGACACUUUAUGCAGAGUGCAAAUUACAUUUACAUUUAGUCAUUUAGCAGACGCUCUUAUCCAGAGCGACUUACAGUAAGUACAGGGACAUUCCCCCGAGGCAAGUAGGGUGAAGUGCCUUGCCCAAGGACACAAUGUCAGUUGGCAUGACCGGGAAUCGAACUGGCAACCUUCGGAUUACUAGCCCGAUUCCCUCACCGCUCAGCCACCUGACUCCAUCCCUCCCCUCCCUGCAAAUUAUACAAUGGGGGGGGGGGGGGGGGGUCUCCAGGGCGUAAAGUAAUAUUUACAAUUACAGGUAAGAGCGAUAUAUAAAUGUAUCGACCCCAGGGGUCAAACCCCCAAGCCCCCCCCCCCUUCCUAAUUCGAACCUUGACUUUAUGACUCAUCUCAUUAAUCAAGGGACGCCAGAAAGCACUGGCCCUCAGAAGCCUAUUAAAAUAAUCAUAUACUUAUUCAAUAUUACAAAUAUGGCUCGUAUUAUAUCAGCAUUCUACAGUCAUUGCUAUUUUUCAAUGUGUUUUGUAAGAUUUUUUGAACAGAAUUGCUUGUGCUCAUUUGUAAGUAUUGCAAGUAUCGUAUUUCUUGUUCCCAAGCCUCGCUGCUUUUGUGUGAUGAUGUAAUGUUGUGGCAAUGAGUUAGCUGAGGAUUCAGUGAAUGUAGAGACUCGUUUUGGUUAUCAGAGAGCACUUUUCUAUCCAAGUCUCAACCCAACUGUCGAAGCCUCCAUAUUUGCCGAUAGAUAUAUUUGUUUUGACUGUUAAAUAGUCCAGUUUAUUUCUACAUCUUUGCAUGUCAUCUGACUUCUUUGUUUGGUUCAAACCGUUGUCGCCACUAGGUGGCGCCUGCCUCUAAUUGUAGAUCAUGUGUCCAAGAUCCAUGUAGUCAAUUAAUCUAUGGAUUUAAUUGUAAAAAAAAAAGACUAGAUCAGGUAUAAGCUGGUUAAUUACAUAUAAAAUCACAUUACAACCAUGUAUUGUUUGUUAGAGUCUGUGAUUUUUCCAGAGUGUAUUUGCUUACGUCCUAGACUGUUUAAAUAUCCCCUUGUCGCAUGAAAGCUAAAUAACAGACACCUAAUAA